GUCUACACUUCCAACUCAGACAGAGGAGGCUGGGCGGAUGUGCUAUUAGUCAGCUGAGCUCAGCCGCAGCCUCAGCUAUGUGUGACUCCUAGUGGAAAAACCUAACCAAACAAUUUUUAUUUAUAAUAACCAUUAACAAUUCGAUUUCCCAGUGGAGGAACAUGACAUCGUUACUACGUCUGAAUUAAUGUUUAUUUUUGUUAUUUGCAAAACCAGAUCUACAAAACAGCUUUCAUCUACCAAAGAAUACCAAUUUCAAAGAUAAUAAAUUAAAAUAAUAAUAUAUAAUUAAUUAUUAAACAAUGUAAAUUUGAUCUCAAAAGCAACACUUUCAAAAUGCGUCCUUCCAUUGUUUUGUACUGACGCAGCGACGUUGUCCUUGAAGUAAACGAUUUGAAAAUGUACGCGUGCCGACGGGAAGGGCGGGUCACGUGUUUUGCGUUCAUUUUUGAAUUUAAAGCAACCGGAUACAACUUCUUUAAUCAUCUUUCAGUAUGUGUUUUAUUGCUUACAAGUGACUUAUUUGGGUUCGAAGUUCACGGCGUACAACAUCGCGCGUCUUUGUAAUUUUGUAUUGGUUAUAAUCAAAUAUUUGCAUACACGAUGUCUAACGUUCUACCGAAUGACGUUCUACUUCUGGCUACUAGGGUAAUAAAAUCGAACACCCUCGUCCGUUAGCGGUCGAAGCAGGAAAGAACCGCCUCCUUCUGUUCUGUUGGUUGUUGGGAAAAAAGAUGGACACUCAGCGGGAAAUUCGAACUUCCACACGAAACCGUGGCUUCGGUUCGGUCCAGUCGGCUGCUUCUGCCACAGCUAUGGAGGUGAAACGGAAGAAAAUACUACAGAGCUCUCUGUUCCAACAAACACAGAACACCAACUUACAAGCGAAGUUGGACUUUGAGGUGCGAAUGCGUGAGGGUGCGUACAAGCUGCUGCUGGCCUGCAGCAAGAGAGAGCAGGUUCUGAACGCCUCCAAGAACCUGCUCACGUGCAACGCCAGGAUCAGGGCUUAUCUACAUGAGCUGCAGGAGACAAAGGAAGAAGAAGAAGAGGAGGUGAUGGGAGCACACGGCAGACAAACUGAUUCUGUUUCUGUUGACCGUGUUCCGUGUACUGGAAAAGUGGCUCUGUCAGGGCUGCGUUUUCCUCUCAUGUGGAGGGACUCGGAUCACUUCAACAACAGAGGAAGCUCUCGGAGGAUGGCGCUGUUCUGUAUGAUGCAUCUUGGUUCAGAGGUGUUUGACACAGAGAUGGUGGUGGUGGACAGAUCAGUUACUGACGUCUGCUUCGAGGGAGUCACCAUCUUUCAAGACGCAGUGCCUUCGUUUGAACUGAGGGUGGAGCUGUGGAGCUGCGUAUUCGAGGAAGAGCUCACUAUGGCAAAAACACCGAAGAAACUCGCCAAGAAGCUUCGAAACUCAUUUGGAAAAUCCGGUGGGAAGAAGCUGUGCCCCCUGCUGGACACUUCAGACCCUGACACCUUCCUGCAGUGCCAUCCCAUACCCUCAGGAGCCAGGUACAACCUGCUGGCCUACACCACCCUGGGUCUGUGUGAGGCUGAAGGCAGCUUCCAGUCCCACUCCCUCAUCAUUCUCCAAAAUGCGGAGUGGCCCACUUGGCUCCCACUUUAUGGAAACCUCUGCUGUAAGUUGGUGGCCCAGCCUGUGUGUAUGACCCAGCACAUGAUGGCAGGUUACCUGAGUCAGAAGCAAACAGUUUUGGGGAUGAAUCGCUCGUGCAGUCUCUACUGCGUCCUGAGCGGCGGCUUCUUGAGCUGUUAUUUCACACCGGAGGAAAUUGAUGCAAAGGUUGAACCAACGUUCAGAGUCCCCGUCACCAAGAACACUCACAUCUGUGUGUUAGAGAAGGAGUGGGCCGGUCAGAGGAGCCGCAGUCUGUCCAUCACCAGUCCAUCAGCAGGGGGCAGUGAGAGCCACGUCUUCAGCACUGGCAGCGGAGAGGAGCUGGAUGAUUGGCUGGAAGCUUUUCACCAACAUCUCUUUGAUCAGGGUCAGUGGCUUCACUGCUGUGAGCAGCUGAUGAAGAUGGAGGUGAAGUCACCACCUAAACCCUCACUCUUCCUCACCAAAGAGGCCGACUGUGUUUACAACGACCUGAGCAUCAACUCACCGUGCAGGUUUGACAGCGUCACUGAUAUCAUCCACAACAAGAUUGAGGAGAGUGAUGGUCUGUUUCUGAUUGGUCGGCAGGAGAAGCAGGAGCCGCCCAAUUGGUCCACUCUGUUCGAUGGAUCUCAGUCAGUGCUGGUUCAGAAGACCAUUCACUCCCAGAGCCAAACGUCCACUCCCUGUCCCAGCCCCGUCACCGGUGCUAAGAAACGACCAGCGCCGCCACCUCCUCUCCAUAAAGCACCGUAUACUCCCCCG